UCGGAACCGGUGUGGUUGCGGUGCGUGAGAUAUCAGAGCCAAAAGAAGUUCGGUUGUUCGUCGUGCGGUUGCUGCCAUCAUCGUCGUGUAUCGAUUGGCGUGUCUGAAUUUCGGCGUGCGACUCCGCGUGGUUGUGUUAUCAGUCAAUAUUCGAAGCCCAGCAAUUCCGGACUCCGGCGUGUAGAGUUAAUGAGUAUGUGCUGUUUGGUGGGGAUCUGUUCGUCCGUUCAUUCAGUCCCGAGUGCUCUACUAUGCACGGGCCCUCGGUGUGUGUAGGCUGUUUGUUUGGCGCAGAAGUGCUGUUCGAGUCAUUAAGCCAAAUAAAUUGCUUUGUAAGUGGCAGUGUUUGAUCUUCCGUUGGAGAUAGUGGGAAGGCAUGACUUCCUCUUGUGCUGUGCUUUAGGAAGCCACUGAAGUUGGUACACAUUGCUGAUGCUGCCGUUGUUGGUGUCGGAUGAUUGGCUUCGUUAUCUGAUUAUGCUGAAUGAGGUUUCAUUAGCCGCUAUUGGAGAUUCUGAUUUUCAUUUAUUGACGCGGCACCGUAUGAAUCUGGAAAGGGAAAGUAAUAAUUUCGGCCCAAAGCAAGCACUUCUGUUGUGAUCAUAACGAGUCAGCGCAGCAGGAUGCUGUCCGCGAGUGGAAAUUCCAAACAAAUAAUUGCUAAUCAGGCAAAAGUGUGAAAAUUUCGCUCCUACCGGCGGAAUUGUGUUAUUACAGCUCGUAAUUCUUUCGCACCCGCCCCGACGGUCAUAAUCAGUGAAUGAAAUUAUCGAAAAUAUUCAAUUACCGAAACAAAAUCAUAACAACAACCAAAGUGUAGAUUUUAAUGUGCCGAGUGCUAAAAUGGCCAGUGCCAGUGCCAGGUUUCGGUCCCUCGGUUCGCCCCCAGCACGGAGAAUGUUGACUCUGGCGGCGGUGGCGACGACGGUGCUGCUCUUGCUGGAUCUGGCCGGCCAGUCGCUAUGUGAACCGUACGGUGGCGGCGGUGGACACUAUGGACUCAACGGAGAAACACGCUGCCCCCGGCUUUGCUCCUGCACCGGACAGACGGUCGACUGCUCGCACCGAGGGCUGACGCAGGUGCCGAGGAAGAUCCCCCUGGAUACCGAUAGACUCGACCUCCAGGGCAACAACAUCACCGUCAUCUACGAAUCGGAUUUCCAGAGCCUGUCAAAGCUUCGAAUAUUGCAGCUAACAGACAACCAGAUUUAUACGAUAGAAAAAGAUGCGUUGAUUGAUCUCAUUUCGCUGGAACGAUUACGACUUAAUAGCAAUCGCUUAAAAUCAAUACCAGAUAAUUUUUUAUCAAGCGCUGCUAAUUUAUUACGAUUAGAUCUAUCGCACAAUGCCCUCGCCGCCAUCCCGAAGCGAGCGUUCAAAGGCGCCACUUCACUGCGGAGCCUCCAAUUGGACAAUAAUCAAAUUACUUGUCUGGACGAGCACGCUAUCAAAGGACUGGCGGAGCUGGAGAUACUGACGCUCAAUAACAACAACGUCACGGCGCUCCCGCGCGACAUGUUCUCCGGAAUGCCCCGCCUGCGGGCGUUGCGCCUUUCCGAGAAUCCGUUCGCGUGCGAUUGUCAUCUGUCUUGGUUGGCACGAUAUCUGAAGAACGCACCGCGCCUGGCCCCGUACACGCGAUGCCACUCGCCCAGCCAGCUCAAGGGCCAAAACGUGGCGGAUCUGCACGAACAGGAGUUCAAGUGCUCAGGUCUCACCGAGAACGCUCCCAUGGAAUGUGGCGGAAGGAGUCUCUGCCCCCAUCCGUGUCGUUGUGCCGACGGCAUUGUUGAUUGUCGCGAAAAAAGUUUGACCACCGUCCCUGCCACCCUGCCGGAAGACACAACCGAACUGCGGCUGGAGCAAAAUUACAUCACGGAAAUCCCUCCGAAAGCGUUCGCGAACCACCGCCGGCUCAAGCGGAUAGACCUUUCAAACAACAACAUUUCGCGGGUUGCGUACGAUGCCUUCAGUGGCCUGAAAUCGCUCACAUCGCUUGUCCUUUAUGGUAAUAAAAUCAAAGAUUUGCCGGCGAGUGUUUUCAAGGGAUUAACAUCGCUGCAGUUGCUACUGUUGAACGCGAACGAAAUCACGUGCGUACGGAAGGAUGCUUUCAAGGACCUCCAGAAUCUGAGCUUGUUAUCGUUGUAUGACAACAACAUCCAGAGCAUGGCCAACGGUACCUUCGACUCGCUGAAGAGCAUCCAAACUUUGCACUUGGCACGUAAUCCCUUCAUUUGCGAUUGUAAUCUGCGAUGGCUUGGCGACUAUUUGCAUCAAAACCCAAUCGAAACCAGCGGAGCCCGUUGUGAUUCGCCGAAGCGCAUGCAGCGUCGCCGGAUCGAGGCGCUGAAGGACGAAAAGUUUAAAUGCACGGAAGACUACAGUAAAAUUAAAUACGCAGGGGAGUGCCGAAUGGAUCAGGAAUGUCCGGCUGACUGUCACUGCGACAGAACCACCGUAGAUUGCUCAGCUCGUGGACUGAAGGAAAUACCUCGGGAUAUCCCACUUUAUACAACGGAACUGAUACUGAACGACAACGAAUUGACCGGCGUUCGGUCGGAUGGUCUAUUUGGACGGCUGCCGAACUUAGUUAAGCUGGAUCUUCGACGAAAUCAGAUUGCAAAUAUUGAACCGAACGCAUUCGAAGGGGCGACCAGAAUUCAGGAGUUGUACAUGAGCGAAAAUAAAAUCGUUGAAGUGCACAACAAGAUGUUCCUAGGACUGCAUCAGUUAAAGACAUUAUCGCUUUAUGAUAAUCUCAUAAGCUGUGUGAUGCCCGGAUCCUUCGAUUUUCUUGCUUCGUUAACUCAACUGAACCUCGCCUCGAACCCGUUCCGUUGUAACUGCCAUCUGGGUUGGUUCUCAGAUUGGCUCCGCAAGAAGCAACUUGGUGGACCUCCGGCACGUUGUGCCUCGCCGGCCAAGGUUCGCGACGUCCCCGUUAAGGAUUUGCCCCACUUUGAGUUCAAGUGCACCUCCGAAGCGGAUCAGGGAUGCCUCGGGGAAGGCUAUUGUCCACCAUCGUGCACCUGUACCGGAACGGUGGUACGCUGCUCGCGAAACAAACUGAAAGAAAUCCCCAAAUCUAUUCCGUCCGAAACGACCGAACUGUAUUUGGAGUCGAACGAAAUCUCAAUGGUGCAUACGAAUCGAAUCAGUCAUCUGAAGUCACUGACGCGAUUGGACUUGAGUAACAACAAGAUAGGAAUCCUCUCAAACCACACAUUUGCCAAUCUGAGCCGACUUUCGACGCUCAUCAUCAGUUAUAACAACCUUCAAUGCAUUCAGCAAUAUGCUCUCGCAGGACUGAAACACUUGAAGGUACUCUCUUUACAUGGAAACCACAUCUCUAUGAUUCCUGAUGGCACCUUUGCGGAUCUCCAAUCGAUCACCCAUAUCGCCCUCGGAAGCAAUCCUCUCUACUGUGACUGUUCCCUGAAAUGGCUAUCGGAAUGGGUAAAACGAGAUUAUGUUGAACCAGGAAUCGCACGUUGUGCUGAACCGGAACUGAUGAAGGACAAACUCAUCCUGUCCACACCGGCGAGUCAGUUCGUGUGCAAAGGGAAGGUUAGCAACGAGAUUCUAUCAAAGUGCGACGCUUGCUACACAUUCCCAUGCAAGAACAACGCGGUCUGCAAGCCGCUACCCGAGCGUCAAUACGAGUGCCAGUGUCCCCCGGGUUAUCACGGAGCGCACUGCGAAUUUAUGAUCGAUGCCUGCUAUGGCAAUCCAUGCAGAAAUAAUGGAACGUGCACGGUUCUAGAGGAGGGACGGUUCAGCUGUCAGUGCGUAUCUGGCUUUUCUGGUGCCAGAUGUGAAAUCAACAUCGAUGACUGCACCGGCCACAAAUGCCAGAAUAAUGCCACAUGCGUGGACGGUGUUAACUCAUACAGUUGUUCCUGUGUUCCGGGUUACACUGGCCAGUUCUGCGACUCAAAGAUUGAGUUUUGCGGGAAGGAUUUCAACCCAUGCCAGAAUGGCGCCAAAUGCGUCGACCAUUCAACUCACUACAGCUGUGAAUGUGUACCGGGAUAUCGAGGUCUUAAUUGUUCGGAAAAUAUUGACGAUUGCGUCAAUCACAUGUGCCAGAAUGGGGGCACCUGUGUCGAUGGUAUCAAUGACUACUUUUGCAAAUGCCCCUCUGAGUUUACUGGAAAGUUCUGCGAAGGAACUCCGAUGGUGGCCAUGCUCUAUCCUCAGACGUCACCUUGUCAACAACACGAAUGCAAAUUUGGUGUUUGUUUCCAACCGAAUCCGUCAAGUGCUGACUACGUUUGCAAAUGCAGCCCAGGCUAUUCCGGAAAACGGUGCGAGUAUCUGACCAGUUUGACAUUCCUCCAUAACAAUUCAUUCGUAGAAUUGGAGCCGCUACGCACAAAACCAGAGGCGAAUGUGACUAUCGUCUUCAGUAGUACGCAACAGAACGGAGUGUUGAUGUAUGACGGUAACAAUGACCACUUGGCGGUUGAGUUGUUCAACGGUAGAAUAAGAGUCAGUUACGACGUCGGAAACUAUCCCGUUUCCACGAUGUAUAGCUUCGAGAUGGUAGCCGAUGGGAAAUAUCACAUGGUAGAGCUGUUAGCUAUCAAGAAGAACUUUACGCUUCGUGUGGAUCGAGGUUUAGCUCGAUCGAUUAUCAACGAGGGAUCGAAGGAAUAUCUCAAGCUGACGACUCCCAUGUUCCUCGGAGGACUAUCGCCGGAACCAGGCCAGCAAGCUUACAAGUUGUGGCAUCUCCGGAACCUAACCAGCUUCAAGGGAUGCAUGAAAGAGGUUUGGAUCAACCACAAGCAAGUCGAUUUCCUGAAUGCCGCUCGCCAGCAAAAGGUAACACCGGGUUGCGCUUUGCUCGAUGCUGAGAAUGACGGUGAAAUGGAGGAGGAUUUCAUGCAGGAGACGCCGAUGAUUCUGAAGGAGGUGGACCCAUGCGACAAUCACCAGUGUAAGAGAGGCGGCAAAUGCAUACCGAACGGUCGAGGCGGCUACUCGUGCAAAUGUAAAAACGGGGCCAAGGGCAAAUUCUGCGACCAAGGUGAGGGCACUGUAUCGGUUGUCGUCGACGAGGACCCGUUUAAAGCUCCCUCUUCCGCGGGAUCGUCCACGUGUCGGAAGGAGCAAGUCAGAGAGUACUACACCGAAAACGACUGCCGCUCCAGGCAACCACUCAAGUACGCAAAAUGCAUCGGCGGAUGCGGAAAUCAGUGCUGCGCCGCCAAAGUCGUACGACGGAGAAAAGUACGCAUGGUGUGCAGCAACAAUACCAAAUACAUUAAGCACCUGGACAUCGUGCGCAAAUGCCAUUGUACAAAGAAAUGCUACUGACUGCAAGACGCGACUACCCGAACAACAUCAAUAGUAAUAACAACACCAAUACCAGCAGCAGUGCAAGUAGCAGCAUUCGAUAGUGUAGGAUUAGAAUCAACUAGGUUAGGCGAUAGAGUAAGCAGAAACGUUAGUUCUAGUGAGAAAUGGGUCAAUUUCGAGACCGACUUUGAUGAGGACGAGAUGAUGCAGAAUGACGAUGCGGGGGUGGUGGGUGAAACGACGCUGGACGAAACCAGCGAACCGAUGGAUGACUUCCAGAAGAUUAUGAAGCAACUGCAACAGUUGCAGACGAAGCCGUUAUUUACGCAAGAGGAAGACGAAGAAGUCAAAGAAGAUGAUGAUCUUUUCGAUGAUGAGGAAAAUUAUGAAGACAUCCAUUCUUUGAUCCAAAAGCAAAAGCUAAACGACGAGGAUAGCAAAAAGAAAGUGUUUGACGAUGAAGACGAUGACUAUUAUGAUGACUACAGCGAUGAAGAGUUCGAUGGAAAGAAAAGUGAGCAGAAACCAUCAGUAAGUUCGUCAUCGGACAGUAAAAAUGUGAUGCAAGAUUUCAUAAAGGGUAAGACGGCGACGCAUCGUUUCAAGUCGCGUUUCGACGAUUUUGCUGACGAAGGCGAAGAGUUGUUAUCGUCUGGUAGCCGUAAGCUGCGGAAGAAUGACUCAAUUAAGGUAAUCUCAACGCCGAAUGGAAAGGUGGGAAUUGUAUAUAAAGUAGAACCAAAAUCUGCUGAAGAUGAUAAGACAAAGAAGUCCAACGAGAGCCAAAGUGGAGGAGCGUUUGAAGUUCAUCAAAAAAUUACGCCGGUAAUGACGGCCGAUGGUAAAGUGGCUCUUCUGUACCGUGGUGCCUCGGAUAACAGCGAAUCGUUCCGGAACAAGUAUGAACCCAUUACCGAUAAGGACAUCCUGACACAACUGAUCGACAAUAAUAACAAGAGUACUACUAGUAGCAGUAGCAGUAAUGUUCACAACAGUAUUAAAAAUAUUACCACAAAAAAUAGUAUUUAUAAUAGUAAUUACGAUAGUUAUGAUAGUUUUAAUAGAAACAGCAACAAUGUGAUCAUAGACCCGGCGACGAUCGAAUCUGAUUCGGUCGACAGCUCCGUCAACAAUAGGCAUCUAACUAGCGGGCUCAAACCGGAACCCGUGUCUCACGAACCGAUUUUGUCACACGUGACGGAUCAACAAAGUACUUUUACUACUACUGCCACUAUGACUACUACCAAUACUACUACAACGACGGCGUUACUCUCUCGUCUAGAGGAUGACACGCUGAACCCAAGUCCAGAUGAAACUGACCAGCAAGAACGCCAAGAGAACACCCUUCAGAUCAAUCGUCCUCUGUCGGAGGUUUUAGGAAUUAAGAAAAACUUGUACCUAGACGCUAGUGUAAAAAUACCAAAUAUAGAAACGUCAACCCAUAAAAUGAGAAUUACCAACAGUAACAACCUCCUAUCGUCAUUACUAAGUAGCAUCAAUGGCAACGACAAUGGCACCAGUUCCAACAGGAUUGUUAGCAACUAUGUCAACAGAAACUUCCGAAACAAUGCCAACAUCGAAUACGAGGACAGAUUGUCCUCAGGAGAUCGGAGGGGCUACAGUGUCAACGGAUACAGCCAGUCUCGAUUCUCUAUCAAUCGCCGAACCACGCCGCCGUUACCGCCUCGCAUCAUCAAAGAAGAAAGCGAGGAAGACUGGAGCAACGACAACUCGGUCCCAGAGGUGAUAAAUUUGGCCAUAAUUCCAGCUUUCGAGCAUGAAAUAGAGGAGAAGUAUCUGCGGCCACAUGGCGAUGACCACUAUCACAGACGACAUAAGCACCACUACAACAACGUGGCCCCGGGUCAUCCCACCGUGCACUGUGCCAUGCAAGUCAUCGUGGCCUGUGUUGUAUUAGGAACGUUCUUCGGCAUAGCUGGGGCAUUUUUUCGAUCAAGGAUCAUCGACCAAAUUCGAGUACUCUAUUGGUAGAAUUUGCACGGUAUUCGGUUGAGAAUGAACCCCCCAAGCAAUGGUACUAAACGGAAUUAUCAGAACUAUGUCUACCGGCUGCACAACCAACUGAUGGGUAGCUAGUAGAAUGUAUCUCAAUUGAAUACCACAAUAGCAACCAUCUCAAGCUAAUACUAGAGAGCUUAAUCCUAAACCGUAAGAUACAAAGAUUUGACUGUGUGGUGGUACUUUGUCGUGUUGAAUGUCGUAGUUUACUUGAGGGAUCCAAUAAUCGCGAAAAAAUGGGAGUAAGACUUUCAGUUUUCCGAGAGCAAAGCAUGUUUCAUGAUUGCAUAAAACGUAGUGCGCCUUUUUCAAGUCGAUAUAGAGGAUCUAUACAUAAUACUCCGGCUUUGGUCUCAGAUAAAUAAAAGUCAUAACAUCAAUUUUUCGUACUGUACAUGAUCUCCAUCAAGUUAGUUAUUGAUACACUGGAUACAAUAGCUGAACCUUAUUGGCGUUGAACGGAUCACCCCAAACUGAAUGUGUAAAAUAAUAGAAUAUGAAGUGUCUGUAAGGCAUACAACAAACCGAUUCAUCCAACCAACGACAGUCGAUAGUCCUGCUUCUGUUAUUUCAUUAUUGAAAUCGGAAAACGACAUGGUUGAUUUAUCAAAAAAUACAAUUGUUAUAUAGCUAGUAUUAAAACUAAUUUAUUGGAACAAAACAAAACGUCUCCUAUGUCAAUAAUUGUAAAAUAUUUUUGUACAUCUCACUUGCCAUUCAAUUUCACGUUACAUUAUCACAAACUCAUCAGAACAAAAAGAUGCAUCAUCUGUAACGAUAGCCAUGUUUCAAUUGAACAUAACAUGAUGAAAACAAAAUGGAAAAAAUGAACACACAACACAAAAAGGGUAGUCGCGCGAAAAAAAGCAAAACGUUAUUUUUAUCGAAAUCAAGAGAUAGAAAUUGAACGAGCAUUUAUUUAAGUGAUAGGAUACGGAUAGUAAACUGUUUUUUAAUUGGAAUAGCAGAAUGGAGGAAUGUCGAUGCGAGAUGCUGAAACACAUUGCAUUCAAGAAACAUGACGAAGAACGAACGAACAAACAAAAAAAAAAAUGUAAAUCUUGCCUUUUUCAAAACGAAGAAAAUUUGAUAGAAACGAACGAUUAUCCAACAGAACGGUUUAUCAAGGAGGUAAAAUAUUAUCAAGCAAAUAUUUUUUAAAUGCUGAAGUAUCAGUAACACGCAGGCAUAUAAAUUGGAAGGUAUAUUUUAUUAACAGUGCAAAAUCGUAGCUAAUGAAAAAUCCUGUUGAUUAGUUUUGGCAGAGAGUAUUUAUUAUCAUUAUAAUCCUGAUUUUAGUUAUUACCUGAAAAAAAAUCUUAUACUCAUCUAAUUACUACAGAGAGGUGUCUCCCAAUGUAUCCCGUAGACUACGUAACAUCGUUACAAAACCAUAGUAAACAAAUUAAGUAAUUAAGAAGGGGUUUGCAUGGCCUCACCGAGCGCGCUGCUGGCGGAGAACUACAUUAAACACUGCAACUUUUAAUCGACUGUACUCAGAUGUAUUUCCACCAUACUAUUCAAAGCCUCUCAAUUCUGUAUCCUUUACAACCAUCAUCGUCAUAAUCAUUUCCCCCCUCUAGAUCAAACCAAAACCAGCCCAGAGCAGAGAUAUAAGACAAUGCAGAAGAAAUAACAAUCGAACGAUGUAUUGAUGGUCUACCAAAAUGGAGUUACUUUACCAUAUGUGGAUGUUAAUAAACGGCUAAAUAUAUUUAUAUUUUUCCUUUUAGUACGCGAGAUUUCAUUCAUUUUUGGACUGCAAUCGAUUGUAUGAAUGUUGCCAUUGAUAAGCAUUUUCUUUAAAAUUUCAAGAUUGAGCUUUAUGUUAACCUGUUUGUUACAAAACGUAUAAAAUAACUGAAUUUGCUCUUUUUAAAUUAUCGAAAUCGAAUAUUAUUUUAUUUACCCCCAUGUAUUAUAAAGAAUAGCAGCUAAAAUAUACUGUCUCAUACAGAAAUUUUAUUUAA